AUGGCUUCCCUACCUCCAAUCGACCUCUUCCGAGGAUGGCCUGCAUCAGAGCUAAUCCCAGUCGAUUCUCUCAAGGAUGCCGCUAUCAAGGCUCUAUCCAGCAAAUCGAUAUCAGAGGCUGGCUUUGGCUACGGACCAGAUGAAGGAUAUCACCCACUGAGGCAAAACAUUGCAAAAUGGUUAACAGAUUACUACGGUCCGCAAGAAACCAUCACUUCAGACCGGGUUUGCAUCACUGGUGGUGCGAGUCAAAAUUUGGCCAGCAUUUUACAGGUCUUUACUGAUCCUCUUCAAACGGAAAUGAUUUGGCUUGUGGAGCCAACUUAUCAUUUGAUUUUUCGGCCUUUUGAAGAUGCGGGUUUUUAUGGACGGAUGAGAGCUAUCCCGGAAGAUGAGUCCGGAAUGGAUGUUCAGGCACUCGAGCGAGCUCUUGAAGAGCUGACCCAUGCUGGAGGUGACAAGAAUUCUCAUAAAAGCUACGUUGGCAAACCAGCUCGAUCUUACAGGAAGAUCUACAAACACGUCAUCUACUGUGUACCCACUUUCUCUAAUCCAUCGGGAACGACAAUGGCAUGUUCCCGACGUGAGGCACUGGUCCGCGUGGCUCGCAAAUAUGACGCUCUGGUCAUAUGUGACGAUGUCUACGACUUCCUCGCUUGGACUGAGGGACCGAAAUCAAAGCCAAUAGGCCACUCUAUACAGCGUCUGGUUGACAUAGACCGUAUUAUUGACGGUGGUCCACAGGAUGCUUUUGGUAACGUGGUCAGCAAUGGAUCAUUCAGUAAGCUCCUCGGUCCUGGAUGUCGAGUUGGAUGGGCCGAGGGAUCUGAAGCUUUUAUCUAUGGACUUUCACAGGCCGGCCAAACGAAGUCCGGAGGUGCACCUUCGCAGUUGAUGUCGACUUUUAUCAACGAACUCCUGGAAACAGAUACCUUGCGACAGCAUCUAUCCACGAAAGUGAUCCCAGAAGGACAUCGACGAAAUUCGCUGAUGGUUUCUGCCAUACGCAAACGCUUGACACCUCUUGGUGUUACAUUCUCUCCAGAUCCCGAACAGAAUACAGUGGUUGGGGGCUACUACGUCUGGGUGAAGUUACCUUCCCCUCUUGAUGCGGACCAGGUCUGUGAGAAAGCUAUCGAAAUGCAAAAUCUGGAGUUAGGGAAUGGUCACCUAUUCUCUGUUCCAGGGGGAGAGUCUCAAUGCGUGGAUCUGCAAAGAUGUUUGAGAUUGUGCUUUAUGUGGGAGGAUGAUGAGCAACUGGUUGAGGGGGUCAAUAGAUUGGCUAUCGUUAUCGAGGCUUUGCUGGAUAGUGAAUAA